AUGGCAGACGCCGGAGGCGGCAAGAGUGGGCAUGAUAGCUAUGACGGCGUCAUCCAGGAGGCAUCCUUUGGCCGACAAAGCCACGCCGCAGUGAUCUCUUCAGGCGAUGCAGCAAAGAAACGAAGAGAAGAUUUGAAGAAAGCUCGUGCGGAGCAAGAAAGGAAGGCGGAGGAGGAGAGGAAGGCGGAGGAGCAGAAGGCGAAUGAGGCCAAGUGA